AUGACGAGCUUAUUUGGGCUUUCCACAGGGCUGCAGCCGCAGCAGCAGCAGCAGCAGCAGCAGCAGCAAACCCCGGCAGCAGGUUCGCCUUCUGCUGCAUCUCAGUUUUAG